GAAGGCAGUUGCUGUUGUCCACCUCAGACUUUCACCCUGUGCAUUGUGCCCAAGCCACUCUUCCUGUGUGCAAAUUAUUUUCUCUUCUCCAUGGUACCCAGCGUUCGUCUCGCGUACAGGAUGCGAAGUCAUGGCACCCAGCUCAGAAAACGAACCGCACAAGCGCAAACGCGACAUUUCAGAUGAGAGUGGUACUCAGUCUGGCCUGGCUGCAGAUCGCAUACCUCAGCCAUUACCUCCCCAAUCAGCGAAGCAACCGCCCAUCAACUAUCUUUCCAGGGCCCAAUCAGGCCGUCUGAGCCUUCUGCAGGGAGACAGCGAUUCCUUCUCUGAUGUACUGGCUCUUAUUGGCGAGUAUGAAGGCGUGCUCAACCGUCAUGAGAGUCUCGCCGUCAACCUUGGGGCUAAACUCACAGGCCCCCGUCUUCUCAAAGCCAUGGAAGGACUCUUCGAGGGCCCUAUCAUCGCAAAUCCACGACAGGCCAUGUUUGGACCCGACCCGAUCACCUGGCUCGAUAUUGUAGAAUUCUCACGCUCACACCCUGGCGACUUCGUCAUAUCGAACAAUGCUGGCGGCAUACGCUGCUGCCAGUUUCAACUCAAAGGUGCCCAGGUUGAGAUCUCCGAGGACGAUUGGCGUCUCAUAGUCGCUGGAGCAGUCGAUCGCUUUCGCCUCCAGCAACCAGCAGAAGAGGAUGAGAUGACAGAAGCUGCGACACUAGAUAUAUUAGAACAACGCCUGCAAGUGCUCAUCAAGAAAGCGGACGAAGUCGCACGCAAAGCUCGCCAGCUCAACUACCACCUCGGUGGCCGCAAAGCAGCUAUCAAUGCACGGCGGUCGUCUCAAUCAUCAUCGUCAAAAAGCCCGUUCCAGGCAGCAAAUCAGCUGCGACCAGGGGCAGCAGGGCCGACUUAUGACCUCCACGCGGAUCUUCUUGCUCAAUUUAUGAACAACCCGCAUCAGUCCCGUUUGUCAUCUACCAGCUCGGUUCCUCCGACACCAGUCACAGCAAGCACCAGUGUCACAACGCCUCGGACUUCAUUACAAUACAUUCAACAGCCACAACAUCCACAGCAACAGCAACAGCACCAGCAAUCGCAGCCGUCAACGGCGUACUCUGCUGCAAGCGGUCGACCGUCACCGGUGUUCUCCGCCGAAUCGUCCGCCCGCGAGCCAGACGAGGAAUACCGGCAUCUCGUUACGUCAGUUGUAGAGAAGUUGGGCCGUGGAGAGACAAUUUACCCACCAUGUGACCGCUGUCGUCGGCUGCGCACGCAGUGUGUCAAGCAUCUCACAGCCUGUCAGGGAUGUACCAAAAAACAUGCCAGAUGUGUCUGGAAGGGGCUGACUGAGGAAGAAGUGGUUUGGCUUAGAGGACAAGUCGGAAGUCAUCACGACGACGAAAGUGACAGCCGUGUCACAACACUACCGCGCGUACCGGAUGACCCGAGAGAAACGGUCCAUCUCGCCACCCCAUCCCAUGACCAACAGCAAAUACAGUUCUCGGACAGCAGGGAUCGAAGCAACGAGGCUGCGCCGUCGGGACAGCUAGUGUCUCGUCUUGCAAUUGGGCGGCACGUAGACGACGUGUGGAGAAAAGGAAACGCAUCGACGAGCAGUCCCUACAGACACGAGAAUAUGGACAUAGACACCAGGGAGCCGGCUAAGGGAGAUGGUGGCCGUCCGCAUUCUCGACUAAGCCAUUUGACACACCCGACCUCGGCACCGACACCGAGCACGGCUGCCUCACCGCGGCAUAAUGGUCAGGGCUAUCAGUCUUGAGCUGCCGAGAAAUUAUUGUACAGAUGCUGACGGCUUCUCUUGUAAGUUUCGAGUGGCCCGCCGUGGCCGCGACCGAGCCGGAGAGACAAGCUUCCGUUCAUUGAGUCGUUGAGUCUGCAGUCACGACAUAACUUUUCCUAAUGACCUGCAGCCGACAAAGCGAACUCCCUUGCCCGCUUCAUGCACAUUGUGCAGCACCAUACGAAAGAAAUCUAGACAUUAAUGCAGUGAAGCAACCGAAGCGAGGCAUCAUAGAGUUGGGAUGCGCCGGCACGUAGACCGAUAAUGUAAUGACUAUUCAUGUGCACACUCUGCAAGCACUGACGAGGGAUGUGAGGCAGUUACAAAGUCGGCAGGACUGGACAGUAUUGGGCGUGCUCAUGGUAACCAUGCGGGCGCGCCUGUGAGUGUGGAUCCCUUGUAUGACUAAGACGGCUACUUGGGCAGGCAAGCAGGAGGACCCCGAGGCAGCUUAGACUAGGCCUUGGCAGUCGAGUCGU